AUGAAUGCUGUUUUUGCCAAACUAGACCCUCGACGCAUAGAGUGGGAGGCCUCCUGGUAUGGCCUCCACUCUCGAGUACUGCGCACCAAACCAGUGGAGUCCAUGCUGGAAGACUCUGGUGACCUGCACGGGACCAAGCUGGCUCGGGUACUGACCACUGUGGAUCUGGUGUCGCUUGGAGUGGGUAGCUGUGUUGGCACAGGCAUGUAUGUGGUUGCUGGGCUUGUUGCCAAGGAAAUGGCUGGACCUGGUGUGAUCAUGUCCUUCAUCUUUGCUGCUGUAGCAUCCAUUCUAUCAGGCUUUUGUUAUGCUGAGUUUGGAGUUCGUGUUCCUAAGACAACAGGCUCCGCCUACACCUACAGCUAUGUCACAGUUGGAGAAUUUGUAGCCUUCUUCAUUGGUUGGAACCUCAUCCUUGAGUAUCUAAUUGGCACGGCAGCAGGGGCGAGUGCUCUCAGUAGCAUGUUUGAUUCCUUGGCCAAUCACACCAUCAGCCGCUAUAUGGUCAACAAUGUUGGGACGCUCAACGGUCUGGGUAAAGGAGAGGAGUCCUACCCAGACCUGCUUGCUCUCCUCAUUGCCUUUAUAGUGACUGUGAUAGUCGCCAUGGGGGUGAAGAACUCUGUGAGCUUCAACAAUGUCCUGAAUGUUGUCAAUUUGGUCGUAUGGGUGUUCAUGGUCAUUGCUGGCCUCUUCUUCAUCAGUGGAGUUAACUGGAGCAGUGGGAGAUUCCUACCUUAUGGCUGGUCAGGGGUCAUGCAAGGAGCUGCUACCUGUUUCUAUGCCUUCAUUGGAUUUGACAUCAUUGCAACAACUGGAGAAGAGGCAAAGAGCCCAAACACCUCCAUUCCCUAUGCUAUUACUGCCUCUUUAAUCACCUGCCUCACCGCCUAUGUCUCAGUGAGUGUGAUCCUGACCCUCAUGGUACCAUAUAACCUCAUUGAUGGUGAUGCACCUUUGAUGGAGAUGUUUGCAGUCCACGGAUUUAUGGCAGGGAAGUACAUUGUUGCCGUGGGAGCUGUGGCAGGACUCACAGUCAGUCUGCUGGGUUCGCUCUUCCCCAUGCCCAGGGUCAUAUACGCCAUGGCAGGAGAUGGUCUGCUCUUUAGGUUCCUGGCUCAUGUGAGUCCAUACACCGAGACUCCGGUCUUGGCCUGUGCUGUGUCAGGUUUUCUGGCGGCGCUGCUGGCUCUGCUUGUUAGCCUGAGGGACCUGAUAGAGAUGAUGUCCAUUGGCACAUUGCUGGCUUACACGCUGGUCUCCGUGUGUGUGCUGCUUCUGCGCUACCAGCCUGAGGCAGACGACUUUGCCUGCCUCGCCCCUGAUGAAAACGAGCCGGCCAGACAGAAGAUAGAGGGUGUGUUGGCGGAGCGUGAGAGAGAUGCAUACUCCCCCACGGGUGAAGCUGAAGAGUACGGAGACUGCGGGACGAAGAACCACCCUUCUCAGAAAGAUGACGAGAUGCUCAUUGGCAAGUCGGACGUGUCAGGAUAUCAGUCCGACAGCUCAGGCUACAGCAUUGGGGAGAAAGGCUCGGAGGCUGGAGAUUCAGACAGCGCUCUGACUAACUUGCUGAGACGUGUUCUGGGUCCUCACUACUACACAUUGCGGAUACGACUGGGCCUACCCGACUCAUCUGACAGGCCUACGCCUGCGACAGGACGCACCGUAACCACCUGUGUUCUCGUGCUCUUCAUCCUAACCUUUCUGCUCUGGUCCCUGGUCAUAUAUGGCAUGGACCAGGCCUCAAGUGGUGCCCAGUGGGCACUUUUGCCUCUCAUAAUCAUAAUUUGCGUCGUCAUGGUUAUUUUGCUCAUCAUCAUUCUACGGCAGCCUGAGAGCCCCAAAAAGCUACCAUACAUGGCCCCUUGUGUGCCCUUUGUGCCCACAGCUGCCAUGCUAGUGAACAUCUACCUUAUGCUCAAGUUGUCCAGUAUCACCUGGGUCCGCUUUGUUGUGUGGUGCCUAAUAGGUCUACUAAUCUACUUUGGUUAUGGGAUGUGGAACAGCUCUCUGGAGAUCAGUGCCCGAGAGGAAGAGGCUCACGCCAGCUCUUAUCAGCGUUAUGACGCAGGUGUGGAUGACAGCUUCACGGUUGACGGCGACCUGCAUCAGCAAGGAGAUGAAGGCUGUUAUCAGGGCUGGGGGGCUGAAGAGAGAGGCUAUCAGUAUCAGAACCAAUACCAGUACCAGCAGCAGGAUGAUGAGCACAGGACCUCGUCCAGUAGUCACAAAUCCUGGAGCAGAGGCCGAUCCAAUAAGGGUUUUGAAGAGCUGGUAAAUGAUGACUAUUCACCAGAAUGA